AUGAAAUACGACAUCUCUGUUUUCAAAUGGAGAUCUUUCUCAUGGUGGAUUCCAAUAAUUGGCACUGCAAAUGUCCUUGCUGGAAUCGCCGCUUGGGUAAUCUUUCAUGGACCACCUCCCAAAUUGGUCCCACUCGAUUUCCUUUGGAUAUCCCCAGUCCCCAUCGCUUUCGUCUAUAGCUUUACCAUGCUCAUCAUUCUUGGAACACGAGGUUCGGAACGUCUAAAUAAGCGGCCCUACAACGUUGCAAUGAUGGAUUUGAAACCCGGAGGUCCUUGCAAGCAGUAUUUAGGUAUGGCAUCGAAGGCAGUUCCAGGCAUAAAAGUUCCUCAAUUCAAGCAGAGUAUGAGGACUCAAACAGCGGGCAAUCAGAAAUUCUCCCGAUUCUUAGCUCUCCAAUAA